CCCCUUUUCUUUUCUUUUUUUCGCAGGGCAUGCACUUUUAAACGAGAAAGUAUGAUGGAGAUGUAUCUGAUUUCAGUAUUUUUAGCAAGUAUCCUUAUCAUACCGUUCGCACUCAAAACUUUGUUCCCUUAUCUUUGGAUGGAUAUUCUGUAUUUCGGGGAUCUACUGCGGAUUUUAGUGAAGUUUGUGUCGAGGCGAAGAAGGAGACCUUCCUUCUUCGUUUUGGAUCGUUUCUUGGAGCAGACCGCUGCGCAUCCAGACAAGCCGUUCAUUGUGUUUGAAAAUGACAACUACUCGUACACUGACACAGAUAAAAGAAGCAACAAAACAGCCAACGCGCUUCAGGCUCACCCCGGGUAUAACCCUGGGGACACCGUCGCACUUUUUAUGGGGAAUGAACCCGCCUUUCUGUUUACCUGGCUGGCGUUGGCUAAACUGGGCUCUCCUGUGGCUCUUCUCAACCACAACAUCCGCGCCAAGUCUCUGCUGCACUGCUUUAACUGCUGCAAGGCGAAGGUGUUGAUUGCAGCCUCAGAGCUAAAGGAAGCAGUGGAGGACGUCCUGCCCUCACUGAUAGAGAAGGGCGUCACCAUCCUGCUGAUGACCAAACAUUGUGACACACCUGGGAUUGAGAGCUUCUCUGAUAAAGUGGACAAGGCAUCAGACAUCCCGCUCCCUCAAUCUCUCAGAUCACACAUUGAAUACAAAAGUCCUGCAGUGUAUAUUUACACUUCUGGAACUACAGGUCUCCCAAAGGCAGCUGUGGUCAAUCAGAACCGCCUCUUAACAGCUCUGGCAGUUUUAUCUUCAAACUGUGUAACGUCUAGUGAUGUCAUCUACCUCAACCUGCCUCUGUAUCACACAGCUGGAUUCAUGAUUGGCUUUAUCGGAUCCAUUGAGACGGGGUCGACUAUCAUUUUGAAGAGGAAGUUCUCUGCCUCUCAGUUUUGGGAUGACUGCAGGAAAUACAAUGUGACUGUUGUGCAGUACAUAGGAGAGGUGAUUCGUUACCUCUGUAGUACACCGAAGAGAGAAAAUGACAAGGACCAUAAAGUAAGGCUGGCCAUUGGCAACGGUGUCAGAGCAGAGAUUUGGAGAGAGUUUGUCAAUCGCUUUGGGGACAUUCAGAUCCGAGAGUUUUACGCCUCCACCGAGGGAAAUGUUGGCUUUGUCAACUACGCAGGAAAAAUUGGAGCUAUUGGACGAGUUAAUUUUUUUUAUCAGAAGCUGUUUCCCUUCACUCUUAUUAAGUACGACACAGAGCGGGAUGAACCAAUUCGAGAUACUAAUGGCCUCUGUGUGGAGUCGCCCAAAGGUGAGACAGGACUGCUGGUGUCAAAGAUCACAGAUAUUGCACCUUUUGUCGGCUACGCCCAGAAUGAAGAACAAACGGAGAGGAAAAGACUUCGCAAUGUUCUCAAGAAAGGAGAUCUUUACUUCAACAGCGGUGACCUAAUGAGGAUCGAUAAAGACAACUUCAUUUACUUUCAGGAUCGUGUAGGUGACACAUUCAGGUGGAAAGGUGAGAAUGUGGCCACAAAUGAGGUGUCUGACAUCCUGACAAUCAGUGAUUGCCUCAAAGAAGCCAGCGUUUAUGGAGUCCAAGUGCCAGGGCACGAGGGCCGGGUAGGGAUGGCAGCUGUCACUGUGAAGGAAGGUGCCCAGUUCGAUGGAAGUAGAAUAUAUCACCAUGUGGUUAACUACCUGCCUUCAUACGCCCGACCACGCUUUAUAAGAAUACAGAAUGCUGUAGAGGUGACGGGGACUUUCAAGCAGAUGAAGGUGAAGUUAGUGGAGGAGAGUUUUGAUCCAGGACGUAUCCUGGACCCUCUUUACAUCCUUGAUGAUAAAGAGAAGAGUUACGUACCGCUGAGAUCUCAGGUCUACAACUCCAUCAUAUCAGGAAACAUCAAACUAUAAUUAGGCUCCUGGGGUUCAUCCCAUUACCGUAUUCCGCAUCUUCUUUUCCCUCACUUAGCGUCACCCCUCGCGUCUUAGUUUCACCCCUCGUAAGACGCAAGGACAGAGGAAUCCUCAUUUGGGAAAUGGGACAUCCUCAUUUACUUAAGCAUCCAUUUACGUAUGGCGUGUGCACAGCUGUAUCACCUGUCACUGGGCUUAACGCAAAAUAAAUCCUACAUAGACCCUCUACAAUUUAGUUUUAAUUUGUAGGGCUUGUCCCGCCAUGGCUUGUUUAUUUUUUUGCCAGCUGUGGAGCUGGGGCUAGAGCAUUUAUACACAUGUAGAGAUAUAACAGUUCAUAAUUGGGACUUCCUUCAAGAUGGCGAGUCUCAAUCGAUUUUCAGGUCAAGUGAUCGAGGAUGGAGGAGUUGAGGAGGGAUAUUGGGAUGAACCCUUGGUGUUCAUUAACUGUGCAGGCUUUUUAGUCUGGCUGCAUUGACGCUAUUAGUAAUGAACUUCCAGCUCAGUGACCAUUUUUUGUUAAUAUUAUAUAAUUAAUAUAAGCAUGUUAUUGUGUGUAGUACAAUAAUGGGGAGACAUAAACAUAUUUAUUAAAAGCAUUAGAUGGGAAUCAGAAGUGUAGGAUUAAUUUGUAAGGAUUUGUGUUAGGGGCCGGAGUCAGCCUGCAUGUGGGGGAGGGAGUUUGAUCAUACUGUAUAAAAUGACAUAAUUACUGGCAAGUGAUGAUAUAAAUAGUUGAUGUACAAGCAUGAUGUUUGCUGCUUUUACUUCAUUCAGUCUAAUAACGGUGUUAAAAAGCAUUGCUGUAUGUAUGGAUAAACAUACACACAUACAUUUUCUCUUAAAUGUACUUAACAGAACGUCUUUCUUAUGGGAAAGCUAUGAGUAGCAUGUAAUGGUUUAAUAGU